CCUUCUUCUUUCUUAUCAUCCCCCCACCAUGAUAUUAUCAGAAUCUUCGGAUUAUUUUUUCUAUGGCUUUCCUCUUUAAUGCCCCCAACUUUCUCCUGCUUGGCUUCAUCAUUACAAUCUUUUCUUGUAUUAUUCCAUUUGUUUCUUCACUCUCCACUGUAUCAAUCUCUGAGACUUCUAAUCAUACACUAAUCUGUGCAUUAAUCAAGUCUUCUAACCAACAAGCUUUCCACCUCAACUGUACAAGUUUCCCUCAAGGAAUUCAAAUUCCCGUGAAUCAGAAUUUCUCGUUUUCUGCGAUCGUCGCGGGAAACGGGUUUGUUUGUGGGUUGACGCACCCGUCUUCCUCAAUCCUGCUUUGCUGGAGAUUCUCUAUCAAUGGGACCAAUAUGUUCAACAAGCGUAUCUACAACGGCACGGCACUCAAGCAGCUUGAUGCUGGGAAUUCCCACAUUUGUGGAAUUGUAAAUGGGACCAAUCGCCUUGAAUGCUGGCAGUGGCGCGGAUUCAAUCGAACCAUUGAUCAGAAUCAGAGCUUUUCGAGCAUCGCCGUGGGUGAGAAUUUUGCUUGUGGGUUAUCAGAAAUCGGAAAAGUUACUUGCUUUUAUAGUACAGGGGUUGCCAGAAUAGAGCCUACCAGGAAUUUUAGCGUGGUCUCUGCUGGGUUUAGACAUGCUUGUGCAAUCUAUUCGGAUACCCAUUGUUUGCGUUGCUGGGGAGAUAUGGCAGGCAAGGAACCAGAGGGGAAGUUCGUCUCACUGGCUUUGGGAGAGAACCGUAGCUGCGGUUUAAUGUCUAAUCAAAAAGUUGUUUGCUGGGGCGAAAGCCGCGAAAGCAAUUUCAGUCUGCCGGAGAGUUUGCAAGAUACACAAUUCAUCUCGAUUGAAGCAAAGCGCAGUGUUUUCUGUGGAGUUUUGAAGUCAAAUUAUUCUUUAUUUUGCUGGGGUAAUGAGAUUUUUGCCUCGAACAACUUCAAGGUGUUUGAUAAAGUCCUGCCAGGGCCGUGUACAAGAACAAGUGAAUGCCCGUGCAGUAUAGAGUCCCUUUCUUCCGAAAUUUGUGGUCAGGGAUAUGGACUCUGCCGGUCUUGUACAAGCGAAACUCCCUGCCUACCGUCGCUGCAUCCGCCACCGGAUACUCCAGAGGGCAACGAAAGCAAUGUUUGGGAUAGAAGAAUGGUGGCUUUCCUAGUGGUGGGCUGCGUGGGAUCGUUGGCUCUGAUUUUAGUUUGCUGUUUCUUUCUAAUCAGAUACUGCAAGAGCGGCAGAGGCUGCAGCCGCGUCCAUGACUCCGGUCGCCUGGACGAGACUGCACCUGAAAAUGGUGCACAGGCUGAUGAGGAGCAACCGGCUGCUGCACCUGAAAAUGGUGCACAGGCUGAUGAGGAGCAACCGGCUGCUGCACCGCAAUUAGUACGAAUUCUGGAGAAGCGGCUGAGCCACUUGGUCAGCUUGGGAAAUGGCGGCUGCCCAUUGGAGGAAUUCUCCUUGGAAGUUCUGCUUCAGGCAACCGGCAAUUUUUCCGAAGACAACAAGAUUGGGACGGGUAGCUUCGGCUCCGUCUACCACGCCACGCUGAACGACGGCCGGGAAGUCGCCAUCAAGCGCGCGGAAAUAUCAAUCUCCACGCCGUACGCCAUCAGGCGCGAGGAAGACAAAGACAACGCGUUCCUCAACGAGCUCGAAGCUCUGUCGCGCCUCAACCACAAGAACCUCGUCCGCCUCCUCGGCUUCUGCGAGGACAGCAACGAGCGCGUGUUGGUCUACGAGUUCAUGCAAAACGGCUCACUCCACGACCAUCUCCACCGCCUCCAAACGUCGCCGUUACUGUCAUGGGCAAAGCGAAUCAAGGCGGCGCUCGACGCAGCAAGAGGCAUCGAGUAUUUACACGUCUACGCAGUUCCGCCGAUCAUCCACCGCGACAUCAAAUCCUCCAACAUCCUUCUCGACGCAACCUGGACUGCAAAAGUCUCGGAUUUCGGCCUCUCCCUGAUGGGUCCGGCCGACGAGGACUCCCACCUUUCCUUACGCGCCGCCGGCACCGUCGGCUACAUGGAUCCCGAAUACUACAGGCUUGCGCAAUUGACAACCAAGAGCGACGUCUAUAGCUUCGGAGUAUUGCUGCUUGAAAUGCUGUCAGGAUACAAGGCAAUCCACAAGAACGAGAAUGGGGUUCCUCGGAAUGUGGUUGAUUUUGUGGCGCCGUACAUUAUGCAAGAUCAAAUUCACAGGGUUUUGGACCCGCACUUGCCGGCGCCGAGCCCAUUUGAAAUAGAGGCGGUGGCGUAUGUUGGGUACGUGGCGGUGGAUUGCGUCAACCCGGAAGGCAGAGAUCGGCCCACCAUGACCGAGAUUGUACAUUGCUUAGAAAGAGCCCUGGCUACGUGUUUGGCGCACCCAACACUAUCUCGGUCCACGACUGACUCCUCCACGUAGUCCAGACUCGCCACUUUUGUAAAGCAAACCCUUUUUUUUUUUUUUUCAUACAAAUUCAAAUAUUUAUUUUUUCUCCAUUGUCAA